AUGCUUUCGUUCAGAACUCCAGGAUACAAUGGAUAUUCUGUGAAGUACUCACCUUUCUAUGAUAAUAAAUUGGCUGUAGCCUCAGCCGCAAAUUAUGGACUAGUGGGGAAUGGUAAGCUUUGGAUUUUAUCUAUACAGAAUGAUGGGAGGAUAAUACCAGAAGCUUCGUUUGAGACACAGGAUGGUCUUUUUGACGUGGCGUGGUCGGAACUUCAUGAAAAUCACAUCUUAGCAAGUUCGGGAGAUGGUAGUAUUUCACUUUUCGAUACAACACUUUCAAAGUUUCCAAUUUCCAAGUUUCGAGAACAUACGCGAGAAGUAUUUUCAGUUUACUGGAAUUUGGUUGAUAAAACACUGUUUUGUUCGUCUUCUUGGGAUGGGUCUGUUAAAGUCUGGAAUCCAUCGAGAAAGCAGUCAUUGAUGACUCUGUCAUCAGCAAAGGAUCUCACAUCAAAAGCAGAAUCAUUGUCACCGGUUGGGAAAGUUCCACUUUCCAGUAGCAGGUCUACCCCAUAUAAUCCAAAUAAUGAUUGUGCAUAUCAAGCUGUAUUUUCUCCGCAUAAUGCUUCUCUGAUUUUAUCGGUUAAUUCUGCUUCGCAUUGUCAAUUAUGGGAUAUUAGACAACCUAACCCAUUGACAAUGGAUUUCAUUUCUCAUAAUGGACUUGAAACGUUAGCGUGCGAUUUUAACAAAUAUAGGCAGUCUGUGAUUGCCACUGCUUCAGUAGAUAAGUCUGUGAAAAUAUGGGAUCUCCGAAUGAUACCAAAUAUUAAGCAUCAAUUCCUCCCACUCGGUAACAAGAUUGGGCCUUCGCCGCUAAAUAAGCUUGUUGGUCAUGAUUUUGCCGUUAGAAAAGUUAUCUGGUCGCCACAUUCAUCGGAUAUUUUAAUGUCAUGUUCAUAUGAUAUGACGUGCAAAGUAUGGAAAGAUUAUACAGAUGAUAGAGCCAAGUUUCUGAACUCUAUGAAACUAAGACACGGCAAAGCACUAAUAAAUAGUUUUGAAGGACAUCGGGAAUUUGUAAUGGGGUGUGAUUGGUCACUUUGGGGUGCUGGCUUUGCCGCUUCUACUGGUUGGGAUGAAAUGGUUUAUGUAUGGAAGGCUGCUUGA